AUGGAUAUGUACUCAACUAGUUGACAGAAACAGAUGUAUCAAAACAGGAAAAUGGGUGCCUCUUUUUUUCCAUCAACAGCAAUUUUGGGAGCAUUUUUGCUCCAUUUUGUGAUCUUGUGCCUCCAUUCUGAGCCUGCACUUGGGGUCACCAGACACUACAAGUUUGAUGUAUAUCAAGCUACAAAAUAUGGUUGUCUUAGCAAUAGGAAGAGCAUUGUAUCAGUGAAUGGACAACUCCCAGGGCCUCGCAUUGUAGCAAGGGAAGGUGAACAGCUUCUGAUAAAAGUGGUUAACUAUGUCUUCAACAAUAUGUCAAUCCAUUGGCAGGAUUCUGCACUUAAAACAGUAAGUCUAACAGUUCAACCUUGUCCUGAACAUAUUAUGAAUCUGAAUUUUGUUUGCAAUGACAGGCAUGGCAUUAGGCAGCUUAGAACUGGAUGGACAGAUGGGCCAGCAUAUGUGACUCAAUGCCCCAUACAAACAGGGCAGAGUUAUAUGUACAACUUUACCAUUACGGGACAGAGAGGAACUCUGUUCUGGCAUGCACAUAUUUCAUGGCUAAGAGCAACCGUCUGUGGUCCUUUCAUUAUCCUUCCCAAACAUGGCGUUCCCUACCCAUUCCCCAAACCCCACAAGGAAGUCUCAAUCAACUUUGGGGAAUUGUUCAAUGCAGAUCCAGAGGCAAUCAUCAGCCAAGCCCUACAAACAGGAGGAGGUCCAAGUGUCUCAGAUGCAUGCACCCUAAAUGGACUUCCAGGGCCACUCUAUAACUGUUCUGCCAAAGAUACUUUCAGAUUGAAGGUGAAGCCUGGAAAAAUAUACCUUCGGCGGCUAAUCAAUGCUUCACUCAACGAUGAACUCUUCUUCAGUAUAGCAAACCACAGUCUCACUGUUGUUGAAGCUGAUGCUGUUUAUGUCAAACCAUUUGAGACACAAACCCUCCUGAUUGCCCCUGGACAGACUACAAAUGUACUUCUCAAGAGCAAACCCCAUUACCCCAAUGCCUCUUUCUUCAUGACUGCUAGACCUUAUGUAACAGGCCUUGGCACUUUUGACAGUUCCACCAUGGCAGGCAUUCUAGAAUAUGUACAGCCACCUAAUAAGUUCCAUAAAAAAAACUCUAUUAACAAACUUCCCCUGUUUAAACCAAUUCUCCCUGCUCUGAAUGACACUUCCUUCACUACGAAUUUUACUAAAAAACUCAGAAGCACAAAUGCCCCACAAUUCGCAGCCAAUGUACCUCACAAGGUUGAUAGGAAAUUCUUCUUCACCGUCGGUCUUGGGACAAGUCCAUGUCAAGGCAACCAGACCUGCCAGGGACCUAAUGGAACCAUGUUUGCAGCAUCUGUCAACAAUGUGUCCUUUGCAAUGCCGACCACUUCAUUACUCCAUGCUCAUUUUUCCAGUCAAUCAUACGGCGUCUACACCCCUGACUUCCCUAUUAAUCCAGUGAUUCCGUUCAAUUACACCGGCACUCCGCCUAAUAAUACCAUGGUGAGCAACGGAACCAAGCUGGUGGUGCUUCCUUUUAACACGAGUUUUGGGAACUUUGAUCCCAACAAGGACCCCAAAAACUUCAACCUCGUUGACCCUGUUGAACGGUCUGCCGCCGGAGGAUGGGUGGCGAUUCGUUUUCUGGCUGACAAUCCAGUGCACACAAUCUGGGGUUUGAAGAUGGCUUGUAUCGUGUUGGAUGCAAAGCUCCCUAAUCAAAAACUGCUUCCUCCACCAGCUGAUCUUCCUAAAUGGCAAAAGCCUAAUUUACUCUAACCAAACACUGGCAGAACCCUGAAGAUUGAUUUUUAUUAUUAUUAAGUAUUAUUUUGUUUAACCCAGUUUUUUACACCCCCGAAUUGCAUUUGUCAUUUGACAUUAGCUGAUUUAUGUUCAAUUUUCAAUUAUACUUCUUUGUUGAUCCAUUUGGGAUCAAGGGAACUAGCAAAUAAUUUUUGUAACAUCAUGAUUCAAAUGUUUACAAGAGAGGUCGCAAUAAAUAUUUAACUUCAUG